AUGGUUCAACCAAGUAAUAUAAAUCCCCUAUCAUCCACCCCACUUUCUUCCUCCGAUGACAACACCUUUUAUGAUGUUACUGAUUCAUCCACUCAUCCAAAAUCCCCCUCCUCCUCAUCAUCAUCAAAGAGGACACGCGGUAGGCCUGUGGGCUCCAAGAACAAACCAAAAUUAACCCUUGUGAUUGACCAAGACAACAAGCAUACCCAAAAACCUAUUUUCAUUCAAAUCCCUAAAAAUUCUGAUGUGAUUGAGGCAUUGAUCCAAUUCGCCUAUGAUUACCAAAUUAGCAUCACGGUGCAAAGUGCUUCAGGAUCUAUUAUGAACGUCACUCUCCGUCGUGAUAGUGAAUCCACAACUUCUACAUUCAUUGUUCAUGGACCCUUCACAUUAGUUUCCCUCAUUGGCACUUGCAUAAAUAACAACUCUUGUACUGUUUCAUCACUGUCUAAUCUUGACAUUGAUUGUUUUUUUAACAUUUCCUUUUGUUCAAAUAUAGGUCAAAGCUUUAUUGGAGUUGUUGGAGGGAAGAUUAUCGCAGGUGAUGAUGUUGUUGUAGCAGCUACUAUUUUGAAUAGCUUUGAGAAUAACAAAAGUGAAAAUCAAUUAUGA